ACAGAUUUUUAUCCUUAUACCAGCUCAAGAGUUUCCUGCUACUGUAUGACAAUUAAGAUGUCCUUAACCAAUUCUUCCGACUGCAAUGUUUAUUCUGAAAUGGAGCCAUUUACUUAUUUUUAUUACUUGAUCUUUCUUAUUGGGUUCAUCGGGAGCUGCUUUGCCCUAUGGAGCUUUAUAAAGACAAAAGAGAACCGCAAAUGCAUGAGUGUUUACUUGAUAAACCUCCUCACAGCAGACUUUUUGCUGACCCUUGCCUUGCCAGUGAAAAUUGCUGUUGACUUAGGAGUUGCCCCAUGGAGACUGAAAAUAUUCCAUUGCCAAGUAACAGCUUGCCUCAUCUAUAUCAACAUGUACUUAUCAAUCAUAUUCUUGGGUUUUGUAAGCAUGGACCGUUGCCUUCAGUUAAUACACAAGUGCAAGAUCUAUCGUAUCCAGGAGCCUGGUUUCGCCAAGAUGAUAUCGGCAGUAGUCUGGGCAAUGGUUCUCUUUCUCAUGGUGCCCAACAUGGCAAUCCCAAUCAGAGAGAUCCAAGAAGCACCAACUGUGGGCUGCAUUGACUUCAAGACAAAUGUGGGAAGAGACUGGCAUGUAUUUACCAAUUUCAUAUGUUCUGCAAUAUUUCUAAAUAUUUCAGCCAUGGUGCUGAUUUCCAACUGCCUCACAAUAAGACUACUCUAUCAAAACAAAUGCAACAGAAAUUAUCACAAUGUAAAAAAAGCUCUGGUGAACAUACUCUUAGUCACUGCAAGCUACAUAAUAUGCUUUGUUCCUUACCAUAUUGUUCGGAUCCCAUACACUCUGAGCCAAAGCAAAGCUAUAGUCACAGAUUGCUCACUCAGGCAAUCCCUAUACAAAGCUAAGGAAUCCACACUGCUGUUUGGGGUCUCAAAUCUGUGUUUUGACCCUAUUUUGUACUUUUACCUUUCAAAGACAUUUAGACUGAAAGUAACGCAGACAUUUGGAUCAAGUAAAGACAAAAGAGUUCUCCAAAAUGACUGGGAGAUGGAUAAAGGACAAACAAAGAAUACUGACAUUCAAACCAGAUGACUCCAGAUUUUUUUUCCAGAAGUUGAAUGUACUCUACAUUAAAUAUAUAGUUGACUCCUAUAUUAAACAUAUAGUUGUCACAGUCCUUUCUUUGUCCUUCCAAGUAAAGAGUUGUAUUUUCUAUCACACAAAACCAGUGAUAUAUCCUCAAGACAACACAACAAUUGCUAUAACCAUUUAGAAUUUACUUGUGCAGGCUUCGUAGGCACUGGUUGUACAUAUUUUAUUCCUGCUAUGAUAACAAAAAAUGCUGCUCCCCUUAUCAUUUUUCCAACUCUGUCACAUUCAAUUAAAAAAUGUAACAUGUUUUUAACCCUUUAAAAGGAGAUUGAGAUGUUAUUUUAUUUAUUAAAAGCCUGCAAGGAGAGCACGGAACAGACCAAUA